GUCCCUCGAGUGCGGGACCUUCGUGUUCCAAAUUCCCGAACCUUCGCCUCGGGCAUUCUCUCGAAGUGUCUGGGGUCGGACGGCGUGUGGCAUUUUUCGAGCCUUCUACAAAACCCUUCCUCGUUUCUAAAUUCGCCCCUGGAAACCUUUGCCCUGCUCGCUCUCGCUCUCGCUCUCAGCUGCCGAACGCACGCUCAUGCGCAAGUACUCGCUGCUCCCGCACUUGUCUGUUAAGGCCGAUUGAUCGGUUCGGUUGUUGGUUGGUGCCCUGGAGGAGCACCGCGAGCUCUUUUGUUUCGGGGGGCAUCGAAAUCGUGCUGCAGCGAGCUGAUCUUGCCGAGGUCGGUGCGGCGGAGAGGGUUCGUGGUGUGUGGCGGGAUCAUUGCGGCCGAUCGCCCCCGCAGCGGAGGCGUGCUUGUGGUGAGAGGAGGGUGCACUGAGGGGAUAUGGCAAAAUUUGGUGAAGGCGACAAGAGAUGGAUUGUCGAGGACCGAAAGGACGGGGCAAAUGUGCACAACUGGCACUGGUCGGAGAAAGAUUGCAUGGAGUGGUCGAAGAAGCGGCUGGAGGAGUUGUUGAAUAAUGUACCGAUUUUAUCCGGGGAAGGAGGACUGUGGAUCUCCACGACGACGGUAGAGAGUGUGGCGGGAGAGGCGUACGUUAAUAUUAGGAAGGGCAAAAUCAUUCCAGGGUAUGAGUUGAAAGUGCGGGUGUCGUGGGUUGGGGAGGCGAAAGAUGGCAGCGGCACCGUGCUGUCCAAAGUUGAAGGCAAGGUGGAAUUCCCGUACAUUGCCGACGAGAAUGCCGAUGAGGAGCCGGAGGUGAAGAUUCUGGUUCUUGAUGAGACUCCUAUUGGUCAGAGAAUGAAAGAUGCGUUCCAUGCGAAGGGUAAGUCGAUUGUUUUGGCCAGAGUGUUGACUUACGUCAAGGAGAUUGCCGCUGGAGGACCCGCCAAAGACGAGCUGGAGGGAAAGGGAACGCCAUUGAAAGGCGCCGUGGGAAAGGGGAAAUCUGUUCUAAGCGGGAAGGAUGUCGUGGUCGAGAAGGCGGUCGUUCCACCGAAGAACAAGUUGAAGGAGGGUUUCAAGACUAUAUCCAUCGUGGAGAAAUUUCAUUGUCGACCGCGGGAUUUGUACACUACACUGUUAGAUGAAAAUAGGUGGAAGGGUUUCACACAAAGUAAGGCAACCAUUAGCAAAGAAGUCGGAGGCUCUUUUACACUUUUCGAUGGAGCUAUCGCAGGAGUAAACGAAGAACUGCAAGAAGACAAGCUCAUCAGGCAGAAAUGGAGGUUCAAUAAUUGGGCCGACGGGCAUUUCUCCCACGUAUCACUAACUUUUGAAGAACCUGAAAUUGGACUGACCGUGGUGAAGUUAACUCACACCGAUGUUCCCGAGGAAGACAGAUAUGGCAAUGCUACAGUUGUUGAGAACACCGAGAAAGGAUGGAGGGAUCUUAUUUUCCACAAAAUACGAGCUGUCUUUGGAUAUGGCAUCUAAACGUAGACGAUUGUUUGAUCGUGAUGAUUCAUAAAGGCUGUGGUAACAUUCAUACCAACCUUGUCACUCUUUGCACUCGUAUCAUUUUUGGUGGGUGCCCAAAAUCAAUACAUUCAGCGAGGACCUUUACCUGUCUGUCCUCUUCAGGUGGACCGAAGUAGAUGAACUUUUGAUACAACUGCGUGUGAGCAGUGAUAUCUGUUUGGAGAACCAAAGUACGGUGUUGCGAACAGAUUCGCUGUUCCAAAUGUCAGUUUCUGAUGGUACAAUGUCUUUCAGACCGUAUGGUCCAAUUUGUCAACUACAGCAUGUACGGCAGUCCAGGUUUAUUACGGUAGUAGCGAACUUGGGCUUCCCACCUCCAAUCGCAAUGCAUGAACCACUUUUUGAGAAACUAUGUUUCUUUAUGUGUUGUCUGUUUUAUGUGGCCUGCGGAUGGAAUUUGGACUUUCAGCUUUAUCCAUAACCAACAUUUUGAGGCAUGACCAAGAGAAGGUAUGCGCUCUGGAAUACAUUAUAUCGUCCUGGAAAAGUUGGAAAGCUGGAGAUUAACACGUUAAUGUUGGUAUUGAGAUCCGGAGGAAAGAGUAGAAAACAUCACUCUCUCCCUGGUGGCGGUUUAGGCAGUAUGCUAUGUCUAUAAUACCGAAUGAUUAUGUCUGACGAGAAAUCUGCAUUUAUGCAUCUAAGAAGAAAACAA